ACUCGCGGAGCCUCUGGUGACUGGUCAUGGUGGUCGGUGGAGGGUAAAAACGAAAUUGUAUCAUCCUUCUUAGGCUCACAGUAGGCGCUGGGGCUUGGGCCUGCAAUCCUGCAUUCUGCAACUUCAAGUCUGCAACAGUGUAACUGGCCACUGCAAUGGCAAUUGGCAUUUGGCAAGCGCUCGCGUAGUCGCGUAUGUAUCUUCGUACGGAUUGGAUAUAUUUGGUAAUAAUGUCUCCAGAGGGCAGAGGCCCAGUGCAGAGGCCCAGUGCAGUCUCUUUUUUUUUAACCAAAUAAAAGUGAUAAAUAGCUUUAUGACUGUCCGACAAAGCUAUUCAUUCCACAGUCCACACUCCACACUGGUUUGUAUCUGGACAGACACAUACACACUACACAAGUAGAUUCCUUUGAAUAAUCAAUAAUGAAUGCGCUACGUACCGUGGCCAGGACGGCGUUUGCCCAUCGUCCUCUGGUUUCUCAGCUGCGCACAGCUGCACCCGCUACCAGCAUGAUGAGCCGGUUCUUCCACGCAACACAAGCGCCAAAAGCGGAGGCCCCGCCGUUGUCGCAGAAGACCAUUGACAUAGUAAAGAGCUGUGCCCCCGUCCUAGAGGUACAUGGAUACGACAUUGCCGCAAACAUGUACAAGAGAAUGUUUGCCAACCACCCAGAGGUCGCUGAGCUAUUUAACCCCUCGCAUCAAGUGCCCAAUAAGGACGGAAAGGCUAUGCAGCCAUGGGGACUGAGUUGUGCCGUACACGCUUACGCACUCUACAUUGACGACCUGGGCAUGCUGGCCGAAGCCGUUGAACGCAUUGCACAGAAGCACGUGAGUCUAGACGUACUGCCCGAACACUAUGGCAUUGUAGGGGAGAACCUACUGUGGUCUAUCAAGGACACAUUGGGGGACGCAGCUACGCCUGAGAUCAUGGCUGCAUGGGAAGAAGCGUAUGGUUUCUUGGCGUGGGUGUUCAUUCAGCGAGAGGAGACCUUGAUGGCUGAGAAGGCCAACCAACCUGGUGGCUGGCGUCACUGGCGAAACUUUGUAGUGGACCUCAAGAAGCGAGAGAGCGGCAACAUCAUGUCACUCAUACUAAAGCCCGAGGAUGGGGGGCCUGUGGUCAAGUACGAACCAGGACAGUACAUUGGCAUUCGCAUUGAGAAUGGAGACCAUGCCACACAGCGCAACUACUCGCUUUCCAGUGCACCCCGUGACGACUACUACCGCCUCUCUAUAAAGCGUGAAGAAGCUCACGGUCUGUGUCCUGCUGGUUACGCAUCCAACUGGGUGCAUGACAAGCUGCAAGAGGGCGACAUUGUUAAACUGUCCGUCCCGUCCGGAGACUUCUUCCUUAAGGAAGGUAGUGACAAACCCAUUGUGCUGCUGUCGGGUGGGGUAGGUAUCACCCCCAUUGUGGCUAUGCUGGAUCAUCUGGUGGAGAAUAAGUUCAACAAUCACGUCACAAUGUUCAGCGCUGUGCGUAACGCGGGCGUCGAGGCAUGGCACAAACAUAUCGAGGAGAUUGGUAGCCGCGAGAUGAACGUGCGCGUACACUUCCUCUAUGACGAGCCACCAAAUGAUUCCUAUCCCAAGGGCCCUAUCACAAUCGAUCACCUGAAGAGAGCCCUUACCAGUAAAGACCAGGAGUUCUACUUCUGUGGCCCACAACCCUUCAUGAAACAGAUCUACAACGGCCUUACGGAGUGGGGUGUUCCUGAGAAACAGAUACACUUUGAGUUCUUUGGGCCAACGCAAGCGAUGCAGGCGUAAUAUAGCCAGCUCAAUAAAAAUAAUAAACAAUGAAUACUCAUCCA